CAUUUUGAUGGAAAGGCCAUGCCGUCGACUGGCAUCCUGCCUUUCUUACAGUCUUUUAUGUGUACAUUCAACAACACAUGCCACGAUACAGUUAAUGCUGACGAGCGACCCGGCAUGGCAGGAUCAUUUACUCAAACAGGGUUAGCGGAAGCGGUUCAAGCUUUGGAGGAGAUAUUGAGUAGCAACGUUGAUGCUGAAAUAAUUGCUGAUACUAUUACUGAUCUAAAUUUACUGGCAGACCUAUAUCAGAGAAUUGUUGAUGGUACUGCUGUUGGAAAUUUCACCCUCGGCAACUCGGUGAUUAAUCCCGCUAGAAUUCGACAACAGAUUAUAGAUCAGAAUUUGAAUCUGUCGUCAGACGUUAUUGACUGGCUUCUAAAUGCUACACUCAACCGACAGAUAUUUGUCGACCAACUGAACGAAACGUCACUGAUCAACAUUGUCGCCUCAUUGGUACCACCAGUCUUCGUGUCGGAGAAUGAUACCAUUGCUUUCAUACGUCAAGAAGUUUGUAACGAGACCAGGCUGGACGAGAUAUUUUAUUUUCCUAACCAGUCAAUGUCCCACAGAGUCCAUGACGAGCUUUGCAGCCUUUCAACUGAUCAGUUUUUCUUACUUGUAGACGAUUUUGUUGAAGAUUUUGACCUAGUCGCAUUUGAGGAGGAGGUCCAACAGUUUGUUAUGCAGAACAUGAACUCACAGAGGUUGCUGUUAACUAUAAUUGAACAAGGAGACUUGUUACGGAGACUUCAAAGCAACACAUCUUGGCAGAAACCGUUCCGUGACUUAAUGUCUGCUGCACAGAGUCUUCAGUCAGAAGGUAACAUGCCCGAUGUUUCCACAGCCUCAUUCACGAAUAUUAUCGGUCAAUUUGUUUGUGGCAGAACUGGUGCCCUGCUUUCCAUCGAUGAAGACCAGGCAGAGUCGUUGACUGAAAAUGACCGGCAGCCGAUGGAUAAAGAUUUGGCAUCGCAGAAUCAGGGUACAACACAGGCAUCAAAGAGCCAAACUACAAACACCCAGACUACAAACAAUCAGACCGGUCAACCUACAUCAACUACUGAAAAUCCGAUAUAUGAACGAUUUAAUGAUAGAAAGUGUGUUCGGGAAACAAUUGUAAUGGAGGAAAUCAUUAAUAAUACGCAGCAAUUUUUCCGUGACCUUGAGAACAUUGGAAAUUUAGCAGACGCAUGGGCUAACUACUCUUCUGACCUAUUUGACUUUCUCAAUAAUAGUCGAACAGUAGAAGCUCUUAGACUAGUUGUUGAUAGCAGUCUUUGCUCAUUGGGUUCUACAUAUGCCGAGUCCAUAUUGAGUCCAAAUAGUACAUUCAACACAUCCAGUGUGUGUUCUUUCCUUAAACGUUACCUUAGCAACGGAGCUAACACCUCACAGUAUGACUGGAGGGAUUCACUGAGAUAUACUGAUGAACUGUUUAGUACAAUCGGUGAAUAUAUUAAGUGUUUCAACUUUGACAAGUUUGUCGGCUAUACAAACAGGCAACAAAUGAUGGAUGAUGGGAUAGCAAUGAUCGACAACGAUUUGUUUUGGGCGGCCAUUGAAUUUCCGGGGAUGGACGAGUCAACAACUGUGAUGCCUAAAAAUUUACAAUAUAAGAUACGAAUGGAUGUUGACAAGGUUGAUAGCACUAAACGGGUUCGAGACAGAUAUCCGAGACCUGGACCGAGGCGUCAGCCAUGGCACCUUAAAUAUUUCAUGUAUGGAUUCGCAUAUAUACAGGAUAUGUUAGAGCAUGCAGUUAUUAAAAUUCAGACCGGAAUAACGGUAACAUCGGAUGUCGGAAUUAUUGCGCAGCAGUUCCCGUACCCAUGUUAUACUGAAGAUAAAUUUAUUUACGCAAUCUCGAGGAUGUUGCCGCUAUUCAUGAUCUUGGCGUGGAUUUUAACGACAGCCAUGUUGUGUAAGAGCAUUGUAUAUGAGAAGGACAGACGCCUGAAGGAAGUUAUGAAGAUUAUGGGGCUUGGAAAUGGUGUGCAUUGGAUGGCUUGGUUUAUUAACGCAUUUGUGAUGAUGUUUGCGACGAUUCUUAUACUCGUGAUAAUGCUAAAGGUAGGAAAGGUGCUCGAGCACUCGGACGCGUCUGCAGUGUUAUUCUUCAUGACAAUAUUUGCAAUUGUCACGAUAAUAAAAUGUUUCCUAAUCAGCGUGUUUUUCUCGCGCCCGAACUUGGCCGCCUGCUGUGCUGGAUUUAUAUACUUCCUUGGUUAUCUGCCUUACAUGUUGAUGCUUCAAUUUGACGAGGUCCUCACUAGAAGUACCAAGAUGGCCGUGGGCCUCUCGUCCAAUGUAGCCUUUGGGUAUGGGUGUAACUUUAUUGCAUUGUGGGAGGAGCAAGCUAUUGGCCUGCAGUGGAGUAACAUGGCUAUUAGUCCCGUGAAUGAUGAUGAUUUUAACAUGCUACACUGUAUUGCCAUGAUGCUGAUUGAUGCAGUACUUUAUGCCCUCUUCACAUGGUACAUUGAGGCAGUUUUCCCAGGUCAAUAUGGUAUACCAAAGCCGUUUUAUUUCCCUUUCACCAAAUCCUACUGGUGUGGUAGUAGUGAUAACUUUGACAGGGCAGACAGAUCUGCUAAUAUGGAACUAAAUGGUCAAGAUGCUGACAAAAUGGAGGCGGAACCAAAGGGUAAAAGAGUGGGCGUGGCUAUUCGUAAUCUGAAGAAGAAAUAUUCGUCAGCCAAUCGUAUGGCAGUUGACGGUCUGAGUCUAAACUUUUACGAGGAUCAGAUAACAUCAUUCCUCGGACAUAAUGGUGCUGGUAAAACAACAACAAUGUCAAUUUUGACAGGAUUGUUCCCACCAACUGAGGGUACGGCAUUUAUUCACGGUCAUGAUAUUCGCUCAGAGAUGGAUCAAAUUAGACACAGUCUAGGAAUGUGUCCGCAACAUAAUGUGCUGUUUGACUGGUUGACAGUUGAAGAGCACCUGUGGUUUUAUGCUCGGUUAAAGGGCUCUUCAUCAAAGGACGUUCAAGCGGAGAUGGAGCAGAUGAUAAAAGAUGUCGGAUUGCCGCACAAACGUAAAGAACACUCGAGCAAUCUGUCCGGUGGUAUGAAGAGAAAGCUGUCUGUUGCCAUAGCAUUUGUAGGAAACUCAAAGACUGUGAUCUUAGACGAGCCAACUGCGGGCGUGGAUCCAUAUGCUAGGAGAGCUAUAUGGCAGCUUCUGUUGAAGCUUAAGAAAGGUCGUACAAUUAUUCUGUCUACACAUCACAUGGAUGAAGCAGACGUACUGGGUGACCGUAUUGCGAUCAUCUCUCAAGGUCGUCUGUGUUGUAUAGGGUCAAGUCUGUUUUUGAAGAAUCACUAUGGUAACGGAUACUACCUUACGUUAGUACGCAGUGAUAAUGACAUUGAUGAGGACCUCAUUUUGAAGGAACAGUUGAUGAUGAAUCAAGAUCGACCACUUUCUGCUGGUAGUGUACGGACGGUUACUAGUGUAUUGCCGAGUUUAACAAACGAUAAUGAUGAUGAAGGUUAUGCUGACGGGAAAUCGGACAGUGAUCCGCCCACGCCACCUAGUGAUGACACAACAUAUCCCGCAGGAUUCUCUGUCAAGAAAGUGACGUCAUUCAUCAAGAAGUAUGUACCGGAGGCGAGACUGGUGGAAGACAACAUGACUGAACUGUGUUAUCAGAUGCCAACCGAGGCUGCUCACAGGGGCGACUUUGAAAAAUUGUUCCAGCAGCUAGAAUACACCCACACUGACCUCGGCAUUUCAAGUUUCGGCAUCUCGGAUACCAGCCUUGAGGAGGUUUUCCUGAAAGUUGCAGAAGAAAACACUGUGGAUGUUGAAGAAGAACUAAAAAGAAACAAAUUGGAUGAAAUGGCUGAUGGUGGUAGAAUACCAAGGGGCGUGUCCAGAUUGAGUUUUAAACGUAAGAAGAAGUUAUCACUGUUGGGGAGACGAUCUACAAACAGAGUUGACAGUAAGACAGAUCUGAUGGCAGACGAAGAUACAGAUUCUGUGGUAUCUGGCCCAAUUAGCGACUACGGAGAGAAUGGAUUUAGCCACAACCUGCACCAGAAGGUCACAGGUUGGAAACUGACGAUGCGCCAGUUUUUUGCCAUAUUUUUCAAGAGGUUUCACCAUGUCCGCAGGAGCAAGAAAGGUUUUGUAACUGAGAUUGUGCUACCGGUGGUAUUUAUUUUGCUGGCAAUGACGUUUUCUCUAAUUUCACCUCCGUUCUCCGAGGAGCCUCCGUUAGAGUUACAUCCCUGGCACUACAAACCUGUUAGAGGAGACCCUCAUCUCCACAUGUUCUAUAGAAUUUAUUUAAGUUCAAUUAGUAAGAAGCUUAAAGCUUAUAGAUGUUAUGAGAAUCUUCUUUGGAGAGCGGUGUUUAAAUUUUAUUAUUUCGAUUGUUUCAGUGGAUAUUCUUGUAAACCAGUUAGGCAACAGUCAUUCCGCCGUCAAAAAGUUUGGAAUAAGACUAUAAACUGUGAUUGUAGCAGUGGGUGGCAGGUGUGUCCGGACAACGCUGCCGGUCCAACCCCACCCAAGAUGCUCCUCUCAACAACCGACUAUCUGUAUAACCUCACUGGAAGACAAAUUAGCGAUUAUCUGCUGAAAACUCAGAAAGAGUUCAAAAGAAGAAGAUAUGGCGGGCUAUCAUUUGGUGAACGAGACUAUGCAUCAUUCACUGCUAACAUUACACAGGUACAAGGGUACCUAGAGAGAAUAUUAACAGCUGCUAACAAUGGUACCACUGUAUCACUAGGUGACAGAGAAUUCUGGUAUGAUCUGACAGAGGUGCUCCCAUCACUGGCAGUGAAAGACGUGGCAAAGGUAUGGUUCAACAAUCGUGGCUGGGCUGCAUCUGUAUCCUAUAUAAACGUGAUGAAUAACCUGAUAUUGAGGAGUAACUUACCAAAGGGGACAAACCCAGCUGACUACAGUAUAGUGGCAUAUAACCAUCCCAUGGAGAUGACCAAAGAACAGCUUAAUGAUGAAGCCUUGUAUAACAGUUUCAAAGAUGUUGUGAUAGCGAUCUGUGUGAUAUUUGCAAUGUCAUUUAUUCCGGCCAGUUUCACCAUGUACCUUAUUGAAGAACGUGUGUCCAACUCUAAACAUCUACAGUUUGUUAGCGGGGUGAAUCCAAUUAUUUACUGGGUGUCAAACUUCUGCUGGGAUAUGAUAAACUACCUGUUACCAACAUUGUUGUGUAUAUUUAUAUUCCUGGCAUUCAACAGACAAGCAUAUGUGUCGGCAACUAAUGCUCCAUGUCUAGUUGCCCUGCUCUGCCUAUAUGGAUGGUCAAUGAUUCCCCUCAUGUACCCAUUCUCGAGAGUGUUCAGUGUUCCUAGUACAUCACUUGUUACACUGAAGUCGGUCAAUAUAUUCCUGGGAACAGUAUCUACUCUGGCGACCUUCAUCAUAGAAUUCCUUGAAGAAGAUGACGAGGGAUUAAGAGACAUCAACAAGAUUUUGAAACAAGUGUUUUUACUUCUACCACAAUACUGUCUGGGACGCGGCCUCUUUGAUAUGGCCAAGAAUCAGCUGUUUGCUGAUGUGUAUGCGAGGUUUGGGGAGAAUAAGUUGCAGAGCCCGUUUAAGUGGGAUAUUGUGGGACGGAACUUGUUCAGCAUGUUUAUGCUCGGAAUCCUAUUCUUUAUCAUCAAUCUCUUGAUAGAGUACAAGUUCUUUAUCAAAUCUAGAGUAUUAAAGCCGUCUAAAGAGACCGUAGAUGAUGAAGAUGAGGACGUUGCUAGGGAACGAAAACGUGUCAUAUCAGGAAAUGCUAAAGAUGACGUGCUGAGGCUGGAGGAAUUAUCAAAGGUCUUCAGUGCUAGAGGCAAGAAAGGCAGACUCACAGCUGUGGACAGGUUGUGUGUAGGGGUUCCGAAGGGGCAGUGUUUUGGUUUACUAGGAGUGAAUGGGGCAGGCAAGACAACAACAUUUAAGAUGCUUACCGGGGAUGAGAGAUUGUCAAGGGGAAAUGCGUACGUCAACAAUCACAGUAUUCUAAAUGAGAUGGUUCAAGUACGACAGAAUAUUGGUUACUGCCCUCAAUUUGAUGCCCUUGACCCUCUACUGACUGGUGUGGAACAUCUGAGGUUCUAUGCUAGACUGAGAGGCAUCCCAGAAGCUGAUGUUAAAGAGGUUGCUGAUUGGGCAAUACGAAGACUAGGACUCCUACCUCAUGCCAACAAGAUCUCCACUAACUAUUCUGGUGGCAACAAGAGAAAGCUAUCCACUGCUAUAUCUCUGAUUGGAAAUCCAUCUGUCAUCUUUUUGGAUGAGCCGACUACUGGAAUGGAUCCUGGGGCAAGGAGAUUCCUGUGGGAUUGCAUCACAAACAUUGUAAAGGAUGGUAGAUCAGUUAUACUGACUUCUCAUAGCAUGGAGGAAUGUGAAGCAUUAUGUGGCCGUCUAGCUAUAAUGGUAAAUGGUAAAUUCAGGUGCUUGGGCAGUAUUCAGCAUCUUAAAAACAGAUUUGGUGAUGGUUACACAGUGAUAAUUCGUGUAUCUGGAGAUGUGCCCGACAUGGAUCCAGUCAUGGAUUUCUUCAGCUCGGAAUUCCCGAAGUCUCUUCUUAAAGAGAAGCAUCAUAAUAUGUUACAGUAUCAACUCGGAUCUGAUAUCCAUCUGUCGGAACUCUUCGGCCAGAUCGAGGCAGUUCGUGACAGGCUUAAUAUUGAAGAUUAUUCAGUGUCGCAGACAACCUUAGAUCAGGUGUUUAUCAACUUUGCCAAGUUACAGUCUGACUUGGCUGACGAUGAGAUAGAUGAUGUUCCUGAUGACCUCAAGUUGUUAGGGACAGCUAGAACUUUACCGAGUGAAUCUGAGGCACAAAGUUUAGCUGGAAGUACAGCGGGUCUGAUCAGAAACGAGUAUCGUUAUAGCAACAACAGUUACCGGCCGGCUACCGGUGAUGAUGACAGUUUACACCUGACAAAUAUCCGGGAACCAGUCAGGUCUCGACCAAUCAGAUCACAGGAUCACAUUCAAAAUGCUCCAAUUAUAAGUUUGCCUUAUCAGAUGAAAGGUCAAGGAGAUGAGUUUGACCUUGACACACGAAGUGAAUUAUCUGCAGCAUCCUCGCAAAGACGUGGCCGUCCUAUCGCCAAAUUUGACGAUGAUAACCCUACAACAAUUCCUAAUCCAGAAGUGUAAAAACAGACAGAAUUGAAUUGAAAAAAAAGAAGAAAGAAACAUUACUUGGAGUUUUCUGGGUUAGAAUUCUGAAAUAUGCUUUAAAGCUAUGUUAAGAGUACAUAGUGUGUGUUGAUGUGGCAACUGUAUGCCGAAGUUGAUUUGUAGAACUACAUGUACUCAUGUGGUGAUUUGAUAUGUGUUAUUUAAGAAUUUCAUGUUUUCAUUUUUUGUUGUUAAUUUUUUUUUCUUAUUUUCAAGGGAAUUAAUACUGAAGUGAUUCAGUAAAUGUGGUAUUGUAAGAUAGAUAUGACAUUUACCUUAUUUAAGGAAGGAAUCUCACUAUAUUAUGUUUAUAUGGUUUGACUUUAAUAGUAUGGUUAUAUGAUGAAACUCAAAUUUUAUAUUCAUAUGAUGAAAUUGAAAUAUAAUGGUUAUAUAGUUUGAAAUAUAACCUCAAUGAAGUUUAGACAGUUUUUUAGGUUAUAAUACAGAGUAGGUGAAAAAAAUGUUCUUUAAGUCAUUUGUGAAGAUGAUAUUGAACUACAUGUAUAUAUUAGGUGAAUGCACAAGUAAAAUGUUUGAUUCAGUUGUUUUAUAUGAAUCGAGUGUUUUGUAAGUAACAUUGUUUUGAAUGAAAGGAUUUUUGUAUGAAACAAGUGUUAUAUAGACUUUGACCUAAUUUAAGAAACUUGUGAUGAAAUAUUACUAUGAAAUUUGUUGUUGUUGUUUUUGUGAUAGAACAGUGACAAAUUUACAUAUCAAAUGAUCUUGUAAAAAUUAUUGUUAUUUAUGAGAUUCAAAUGUUAUUGAACUGUGUGUUAUUUUGUGAUACAUUUCAUAAUUUAUGAUGGUUUAUUUUGCACAAUUAUGUGAUGAAGCAUCAGUCAGUUGUAAGUUGUACGCCCCACCCCGGGGGUAGUAUUGAGAUGGGGGUGAUAUUUUUAAUUUGAUGAUUUUUGGGGGUAAUAAAUGUGGAUUUGAUUAUUUAAAAGUCACUUUAAAAAGUCCCCACUUUGGGGGUCAGGUGGGGGUGGCAAGGUAACAUUUGACUGGUGCACAAUUUUUUUUACGCUAAUAUUAGAAUGUUUUUUGAGAAAUACGAACAAUUUUUGCCUACCUUUGUAAAUAUUUGUUUGUUUUGGUAAGUAAAGAUAAAAUGAAUAUGUAUUAGUAAAAGUACUAAUGAAAUAUAAAAUUAUCUGUAACAUUUUCAAAUUAGAAAGUAUAAAAUAUACAGUUUGUUUAACUUUGAAAGUUGAUUACCAUUAAAAUUAAGUUAGUAUUAGGAAAUUGAUUUACUUUAUUAUGUUUGUUGUUUUCUUUCAAUCGCCUUUUUUUGUAGGUUUGAUAUCAUGCAUAUGUUUGUUCCUUCGUUUUUCUUUUUUAAUUGUUAUUAAAAAAUAAGUCUUUCUUGA